GGAUACUUUGCCCUGUAAGGCAGGAGAACUGGGCUUGGAAGAAUUACUGAGUGAAUCAUGGAUGAUUGUUGCAGGACUUCGGAGGGGAGUGUCGACUCUGAUGCACUCUCACCACUGCCACCAUUAUUGAUAUGGACCAGCAGAAGGUCAACUGCGUGUCCUCCACCGCCAAAUAUACCAUAUUAUGGUACAUGUUAUGGAGCUCAUCACCACGCCAACGCUGAUAGCGGUAAUCCAGAGACGACCUCAGAAGGCUCUUUUGCGAAUUAUGGACUUCACCUUUCCUCAUUCACCUUUUUGAACACACCAAUAUCCACCUCCUGUGUUCUUCAAGAUCAUCCUUGGCUGGAUAUUUCAGCAGACAACUUCAGGCACCCGAGACCAGAGUUCCAGAGAAACAAAGAUACACGCGCUGAUGAGCCUUUAACAGCAACUGACGAUAAUCCAUGCUCUAAUCCCAUGACAUCAGCAAUGGACAAUGGCCAAAGAUCGCAAGACAACAGUAACCAAACUGCUAACCAUCCCGUUUCUGUUUCAGAUCACUACACAGGCCACGCACACGUUGGGUAUGAGUCGGAAGAUGGCGAUUACUCAGGCAAAUCUGCCAAACUGGACGUUCACAAUAUCGAACAUGUUCCAGUGGAUCUUAGGAUGUCUAGCUUAUCGCACAACAAUCAGCAUAUCUCAGAGUCUAGGUCUGAGGAAGAUAUUCAACUUCAAGCUGACUUUCCUCAGCCUGAAACUUCGCUUUGCAAGGAAACUGGGCCAUCGCUUGAUCGCCAGAAUGAUAUGCUUGAUCGCAGUCAUUCACCUUCCGAAGAAAAGCCGCAUAAAUGUAAGUUUUGCGAAAAAUCAUUUUCUACUCGAUCCAGUCUAACAUCUCAUGAACGUACGCACCGAGAAGAGAAACCUUUCAAGUGUAAAGUGUGCGAUAAAAUCUUCAAUUGGCGAUCUCAUCUUGUCCGUCAUGUUCGAGUUCACUCAGGAGACAAACCCUUCACGUGCAAGUUCUGCGCUAAAUCAUUCAGUGAUAAAUCCAAUCAUACUGCCCAUGAACGGUACCAUACCGGGGAGAAGCGGUUUAGCUGUGAUCACUGUGAUCAAGGUUUUCACUGCAGUUCACAACUUAGAAUUCAUUUACGCAUCCACACUGGACAUAGACCAUACAAGUGUAAAGAAUGUGGCAAAGAAUUCACAAAACGAUCAAAUCUCACAGGCCAUCAACGCGUCCAUACAGGAGAGAAACCUUUCAAGUGUAACGAUUGUCACGAACCGUUCAAAACUAAAUCAAAUCUUGCACGUCAUCAACGUAUCCAUACUGGAGAGAAACCGCUCAAGUGUAAAAUAUGUGGUAAGGUUUUCGCUCGGAAAUACAAUCUAACAGUACAUGAAAGAAUCCACCUCUGAGAGGAACAAUAAAAGUCAGUCAAUGGUAAAAAAAACCCACUUGGAAGACUAUCAAAAUGUUAACGUUAACCAAAAGGCUUCUUUUCCAGGUUAUGGAAAAUGUUCAUUAUACAUGUAGGUCCUUUUUGAAAUGCAAGUAGUCAAAUAUGAAUGCCACGCAAAGGCCACUGCUUACAUGCUGACUUCCAUAUUUGUAGCAUCACAAUUAUUUUCAUUAUCAUUGUUUUAGAGUUGAUAUAUUGUACAGUUCCUAUCCAUGUUACCCAAUUCACUUCGUAUACGUAUUUCCGUAUCUACCAUUCACAAAAACCUCAGUUGCGCUUAACAUGUGGCUCAUGUUUUAUAAAAUCUGUACUUUUCCGCGCAUCUUUACUCUUCUGCACGCAUGCCGGGUAUGGACCCUUUCCCUAGAAGAGACGCUGUGCUGUUCUGAAGUUGGCACAUGAUGCUAAAUAUGUGAGAUAGUUUAUUCCUGUAUGUACAUGUAGAUGUCUACCUCUGGUCUCAUUUGUAUAGACCCGUUCAA